CACUAAUCCAUACAUUUUGCAAAAGCAUAUACUCCGAAGACCAAUUGCAUUCUUUUGCCUAGACCGGUCUGGGUCAGUACUCCUCAGUACAAGUGUGGGGAAGCUCUCAAAAACCAAUCCGUGUCGCUUCAUAUUCUUCUCUGGAAGCCAAACCAGCUGGCCGGCCAGUCUUCGUAAGCGAGCCAGAUCUGCUUCGGAGGCCAUUGGCGAUGAGAGUUGCCGUCGAGAGAAGUCGAGGUCCUUCCAUAGUUGCUGUGGUUUUCCUUGAAAGAGGGGGCGAUGGAGGGGAAGAGAGAGUGAGCUUUUCAGCGUUUGAGGUUUGCAGAAUGUUAUGCCUAUGGCGGUUGCUGUCCAGCUUGUCUCAGAGGAGAAGGAAACUUUUUAAAGAAAAAUAAAUCCCACACCGAUACCGGAGCUUUCAGCCUCUCCUCUGAGUGCCGAUAAAUACGAGUGAGCAGUAGAGCAGAAAACCACCCAACAGUUGGACUCACGGACUGUUCUCGGUCCUGUCCCGCUGGGUCUAGUGUGCUGCCCGUUUCGGGCCGGCCUCCGGUUUGGCGCUCCCGGUUUGGGCGCCAUAGGGUUAGGUUAGGUUUAGGCUAGGGCUAGGCCUAGUUUAGGUUAGGGUUUAGCUUAGGUUAGGUUAGGUCUAGGGCCGGCGCGCUGGGGGCGUUAUGCUGCCUCCGCGUAGUCCGGUGCGCCGGGGGCGUUAUGCUGCCCGGGUGGCGCCGCGUGGCGCCAAACCCCCCGUGGGGGGGGGUAAGGGGGGGGGGCAGAAGCAAGGGUGCGAGGGGAAAGGGGGACUGGAAGGGGAAGGAAGGAAAGGGAAGUGAAAAGGAACCGGAAAGGAAAGGGAAAAGGAACCGGAAAGGAAAGAAAAGGAACCGGGCAAGAAAAGGAACUAGGAAAGGGAAGGUAAAAGGGAAGAAAAGGGAAGAAAAGGGAAUAAAUGGGAAUAAAUGGGAAUAAAUGAUAAUAAAUGAUAAUAAAUGAUAAUAAAUAAUAAUAAAUAAUAAAUAAUAAUAAAUAAUAAUAAAUAAUAAUAAAUAAUAAUAUAAUAAUAAUAUAAUUAAUAAUAUAAUUAAUAAAAUAAUAAUAGUAUAAUACUAGUAGUAUAAUACUAGUAGUAUACUAGGAUAAUAUACUACGGAGUAGUAUACUAGGAUAAUAAUAUUAUAUUAAUAAUAAUACUAGUAUAUUAAUAUAAUAAUAUAAUAUACCUUCUCUCUAUUCUCUUCCUACGGUAUAUUCCUUCCCCUUUCUAAAUAGCACUUUGCCAAUACCAACUUACUGAUGUAUUGUGAUUCACUUUAAUAUUUUGUGAUCCAAUUUGAAUCAAUUCUUUGUUUGAAAUGUGUUUGUUAAAACUCCUCAACGAUAUUUCUUACAUGUCUGCUCUUGGUUUUAUCACAUUCUGAUGUUAAAAAAACUUUUUUCUGUCAAACCAGGAAACAACUAAUAUAUAUUCACAUGUUUGGUUUUCGUUAAUUUUUGUUAUUAUUUUAAAUUUUUGAUGUACUAAUACUAGUUCAUCCUUGGCUGUCAGGCUCAUAACACCCAAAAAUAUGAAGUUUUCACAUCAAUAUAACCUAAGGCCUCGGAUUUGUUAGUUUUAGCUUUGACUGAAUUGGGUGAAGAUUUGAACACACUUGAAGAUUUGAAAGUGAUGUUGAUGCUAUGAUGAUGUUCUGUUGUUAUUUUUUAUAUAUUCCAUUAGGGAACACGAAUUCUUUCUAUUACACUUUCUGUACCCGUACCUAUUAAUUUAAGCACAAUAAUAAUCUUAAAAAGAUUUUCUUGGAUACAUGCCAAGAAAAUGACUACUCCAGGGACCAAUUUUAUUAGUCAAAAUGAUGAGUAAAGUUGUUAUUCAUAUUUAUAAUGAAUUAUAUCUACUAAAGUUAUAUCUAUUAACUGUCAUGUCAUUUUCAGUUUUUAAUUAAGUUUUCAAUUAAGUUAUUUUAAAAGCUAGCAUUUUUAUCUACUUUAUUUAAUAUACAUUCUAAAUUAGGAAUUAUCUUAGUCUGAGGAACAAUGUGCAGGAUUACACAGUCUCUGCAAUCAAUAUAAUAUUUAUGAGUGCAUAUAAUGGGUAGCCUCCUUAUGUUUUCUAAAGUAGAGAUAAAAGAGAGACUUUGGUGAAUCUUUGAAUUUCUUUUUAAUUAGUCAAUAUUUCUAAUAUCAUAACUUUUUCUUUAUUCUAUAUCAUAUACUAUGUACAUAUAUAUUAUUCAUUUUUGAUUGAUUGUUCUUCACUAUCACAGAAACUCGGCUUAGCAACACUUCAAUUCACCAUAAUUUGUUUCACAUUUCAGAAAACCAGUGAAGCAUUAUUUGUGUAGGGGCCAUAUACGACUCAUCUAAAUCACUGUGAUUGAAUUUUCAGUUUUGGUUGUCAAUGUUUAAAUUCCUUUUUAUUUCUAGAUGAUUAGUGGGCUGAAAACAUUGGUCUUCUUAGUUUUAAUUGCAUGUGUGUUUUUUGGGCUUGGAUUUAAAGAGAAUCAUGACAUCAAAAGAGAAUUUUGUUUUUAGCCUACGGUUUUCUGGAUGUCAAUUCAUAGGUUAAUUCAUAGGUUAAUGAUGUCAUAAUCAUGCCUAAAAGCACUGUGUUUCAGCUCACACUAAAAAAUCUUGGCAUGGAGUUGGUGUUUGUGAUCUUGGCAUGAAACUUCUUAUUUUCUCGACAAGGUUGCCAUAAUGGCAGAAGAUAAAAAAAAGUAGAAGAAUCAUUAGUUAAUCCAUGGAGACUUUGUAAUGUGCAACAAGAGGAAGAGCCCAAAUGUGUGUUUGCAGUCCCAAUUUGGGCAGCCGCAUCACUAUUCACUACUCCACAUUGCCGAGUCACAAAAACAACAACAUGCUGUGUUCCAAGCCCUACUAUCUGAACAUUCGCUUCAAAUUUCAAAUCUCAACCGCAGCAGAUACAAUCUUUUCAAUGCUAAGCCUCAAUCUCUUCAUCCAGCUCUACGUCCAAUUUAUCGCACCCUUUCUAAGGAGGAAUGACACACAAGUUGCUUCUAUAAAAGCAUUUUGAAUGGAAAUAAGACGAAAAUCAAUGAUCAUGACUCUUCAUGAGGCUGAUAUUAUCUUGCAGUAGUUCGACCUAUCAGCAGAGUGGUAAUUCAUUCAAGUCCUUGCUGCGAGGAAUGAAAUCCCCGGAAGAACAGCUAAAGAAAAUUCUAUCACCUCUCACACUAAAAAAUCUUGGCAUGGAGUUGGUGUUUGUGAUCUUGGCAUGGAGUUGGUGUUUGUGAUCUUGGCAUGAAAUUUCUUAUUUUCUCGACAAGGUUGCCAUAAUGGCAGAAGAUAAAAAUAAGUAGCAGAAUCAUUAGUUAAUCCAUGGAGACUUUGUAAUGUGCAACAAGAGGAAGAGCCCAAAUGUGUGUUUGCAGUCCCAAUUUGGGCAGCCGCAUCACUAUUCACUACUCCACAUUGCCGAGUCACAAAAACAACAACAUGCUGUGUUCCAAGCCCUACAAUCUGAACAUUGGCUUCAAAUUUCAAAUCUCAACCGCAGCAGAUACAAUCUUUUCAAUGCUAAGCCUCAAUCUCUUCAUCCAGCUCUACGUCCAAUUCAUCGCACCCUUUCUAAGGAGGGUAAUUCAUUCAAGUCCUUGCUGCGAGGAAUGAAAUCCCCGGAAGAACAGCUAGAGAAAAUUCUAUCACCUACGAUGUUGCUGUAGACGAUGUUGCUGUUACUGGGGUUCUCAAAUCCAAAUGGUCAGCAGAUUUAAAAGAUGUUUGCUGUGAUCUUGAGCUUGUAUUAGUUGCUAACCAUGUGAGGAAGCUGGUCUUCCUCUGUGGUUGCGCCCAUAUGAAGUCCUCCCUACAUCAUCAUGCAGAACACUGAUCGAAACUAUUUCAGAUAAGGUUUCACGUGAACUGAGGCAGUAAAGCUAAAGUGAUGAUGAAUUUUCCCAUUGAGUCACUUCUAUUUCUACAAAGGAGGAGAAUCAUGAAGAGAAUUUCAGUGAAUGUUACCAUUGCUUUAAUGUCUUCCAACAAUCCAAUGGGAGAUAUUUUGUAUUAAUGCAACAUUAGGAGAAGAAGUCCAAUGUGUGGAUGCAGAAAGAAGUGCUCACAAUACUAGUUAGAUUGCAAUCCUCUGUCCCAAAGAGACAGUUGCUUUACUGCAGUUUGCUCCUCCUACCUGGAAAAUAUGUGGCCCUAUUCGUGAAAGCAUGAUGCUAUCUUGGUCAUGCUUUGCUGCAGUUCAUUAGCCAUUUAUGAGAAAUCUUUUUGCUUACUAAAAUUCAUUCAUUAGAAGCUCUGUAGAAAGAAUGGCCGGAUAUUUUCUGGUUUGCUACACAAUGUCAAAGAUAGACAUAAUGAGAAUCUCUUGUUGGGUGAGAAAGUUCCUAUCAUGCACAUUGAUUUAGGCUUUAUGCUAUCUGACUCGAACUUAUUGAUUUUGGUCGUUAUAUUGUAGGGCUGGAGUUUUUGUACAAUUUUCUGACAUUUAACUUUAGUAUCUCAUGAAUGAUUUAUUCCAUGAAUGUAGACACAUGUCAUGGAUUUUGAUACUCAGGGAGUCAUAAAUCUAUUGUACAUUUGUACUCGAUGUUCCUAUUUUUUGUUAUUUUUGUUUCAUAUAUACAUUCUUCAAUGAAUGUGAAUUGGGUGAUACAAUACUGUCAUAAUAACAAAGAUCAGUUUUCUUGGGCAG